GAACCCUGCAUCUGGGUCGAUUUAGAGCUCCACGCGUUCCUGGGCCAGGUCCUCGCGCUCCCCAAGAACCCCAAUCGGCCGUGGUUGCAGGGCUUGGAGGAGAAACGGGCCAAGUCCAACAUCAUCGAGUGGCCUGGGCUACCGCCCCGAAAGUUUGACAUGUUGGUUUCGUUGUUCACGUCCAGGUAUGCCAGGGCCCAGUACUUGUCAUUGACUAUCGGAGCCACCACCGCAUGGGCCCUAGAGCUGGUCCUUGAGUUGAUCCUCCUCAGUUACCCCUUCGACAUCAUCAUUGCUGCUGCUCAUGCUGCACCGUGGAGUGUGUCUGGUCAAAGGGUUCAGGCGGUCCUGCGGGUUUGGCGCCACCACUUCCGCUGCGCCGGCACGCCAGCCAUGAGCAACAGAGAGCGACGUGGAUGGCAGGGGGGCUCCUGGGGCUACAACCGUGGCUACGACCGCGGCAGGUACGAUAAGUACGACAAAAACAAGUACGACCACUACAAGGACGACAGGCACGACCGCGACCGAGACCGCGACCGCUACAAGGACAGCUCCCGAGACCGCCACCAGCGUGGCCACUCCGACCGUUCCUCCCAGAAGUCGAUCGAGGAGCUUCGCAAGUCCCUGGCUGCCGUGGACAAGGAGUACGCCGCCUACCAGCACGACCUCCAGACCCGCCAGAAGGAGAUGGAGCUUCGCAAGCAGGGGGAGUACGUGGCAGCUGCUCUGCGCAGCGCGUUCACGGCCCAGACCGACGAGCUCAAGAAGCAGCUAGGCCAGCGAGAGUGCCCACCGACGCCACCAGCACGCAGUCCGACGCCGCCCAAGAACGACCAGAAAAAGGAGUUCUCACGUGCAGAACUUGGGUGGCUUCAGGCGGUAGUCGGCACCAAAACCAAGUUGCCCGCCACCGGUGAGAAGGUGGCGGUCGAGACCAUUCUCGUGAAGGCGCUCAAGGACGACAAGGUGGCUACCGCCAAUGCCAGCAAGGUGCUACGGAGCCACAUGCCGCGAAAGCAGCUGCCGUCGAGCCACAAAGACAAGGCGAGUUCUUUGUUUGAUGUGGUCCUUGGGCGCAUCGGCUGA